GAUUGUUUGGGCGCGAAUUGCAAUGAGCCUGGCUCCCCGAAAGGCCCGAGAGGAGUCGUUGGUGACAGCUCUCGCCCUGCCAGUGGGUCUGGGUUGGGGAGGGAGUUUUGUGACCAGCGCGUCUGUGGCAGCCUCGGCGGUUUGCAUUGGGAAAGCGUGAGGUGACUUUUCCAAAGGGAGGGAACUGCGAACCCGUCUGCCUUGCGGGGCCGCGGACUGAAUUAUUUGAUUUGCGAGGAGGGAGUGAAGCCACGCGGGUUCUUCCCUCCUUUCCCGGAAUCAUCCUCACCAACCGCCUCCUUCCUUAUUAAUCCCCCCGCGGCCAGUCGCGGGACCCGGUGCAGCCCUAGAUAGAGAUUUCUUGAAGCACUGUUAGAAUUGUUCUCUUUAGAUCAAGAUGUCUAGCAAGGCAAAUGCGUCCAAGAAAAGGUCUCAACAGUUAAAAAGAAAUCCAAAAAGAAAAACUGAUGAUGAGGAAGUGGAGUUAUCAGAGAAAGAGGUUAGAAACACAGUGAAGAAAAAUAAAAAUCAUCCAAAACGUCUGUUUUCUAAAGAGAUAGGACAAACAGAGCAAACUAGUCUAAAACAGGUAAAGAUAACAUCCAGCAAGAGAAAAACCUGGGAACCUCUUUCAAAGAGUAGCAGACAGCAUUUGCAAACUAUGAUGGAAACAGUAAUAAUAUCAAUUUUGAGUAACAAAGGCAGAGAAAAUGAACAAAUUCAAUAUCAUCUCAACUGCCUGAAGAACAGAUUGCUACAACUGUGUGAAACCCUAAAAGUCCCUCCCCACAAGUUGAAAGAUUUAACUAAUGUGUCAAGUCUACUGAAAGUGGAAAAGGCACGUCACAGAGCUAAUGAAGAAGGGCUGGCAUCAUUGCAGGAAGAAAUAGAUAAAAUAGUAGAGACCACAGAGUCAGUGACUGAGAAUAUUCAAAGCCUAAAGAACAAAAUUCAAAUUCUGACAAGUGAGGUGGAAGACGACGAGGAGAAGGUGAAACAGAUGUUUCAAAUAGAUAGUGGGGUGCUGUCCCUUCCAGAACUUUCUCAGAAGAGUCUCAAAGCACCUACACUUCAGGAAGAAAUUUUGGCACAAAUUCCAAACCAGAAUGCUCUUCUGAAGGACUUUGAUGUUCUCCGUAAUUCAUCUCAGACAAAGAACAUGUUAACUUUCAUCGAAGAAGCCUAUAAGAGACUGGAUGCCUCUUGAAGAAUGUUGUUUAGAUUAUUUUACAUUAAUUUAUAGUGUUUAUAAAUUUGUAAAGCCGUUAACCUAUGAUGAUAUUUCAGAGGCUAAGGCUUCUUCAGGACUUAUUAUUUCCUAAUAUGGAACUUAAAAUUAGCCUCUGUAGAUCUGCCAUUAGCAUCUAAUGUAGUCCUGAAAACUGUUCUUAGCAGUUGCCAAGUCUGGUAACUCAUUUAUGUUGCUGUAUUUCCAGUUCUUUACCUGAAACCAUAAAAUAAGAGCAGUCACAGUCCAAUGAUUUAUAACGGCUGAAUAGAGCUCAUUUAUUGACUAGUGCAGAGGAAAUUGGAUACUGCGGCUUAAUAUAUGUAAAGUGUUUAUAAUGCCUAGUUCAUAAAAACGUGUUUGCUAUCAUAAUUCUUUAGUUGAUGACUUGCAUUUUCUGCCUGGUCAUCUGGAACUUUAGGUAUCCCCAAAUGCCUUUUCUUUUUUACAUAACUCUAGACUUUAUGUUGUAAUUAAGAUUUGCCAUGUGUCUUUAACUUUGGAGGUAGCAUGAACAUUUUAUUUCUUUGGUUGGUCUAGUGAAUAGCUGUUGCAUACUUAUUUUCCCCUGUCAUCAGAUCAUACUUGUAUUUCAUAAAAUUAUUAAAAAGGAGCAUAAGCACAUUUAUUCCCUUAAAACAAAAACUAAACAAAAAAAUACUUUCUAAACCUUUCCUUAUUGUGAUGAUAAUAUGUAUAUAUAUGUAAAUAAAUGAUCACUAAAAUAUAUCAAAAAUCAUUUCUAACCAACUACUGUAUAUUGCCUGGGUUGCUUUUAUCUAUUUGUAAAGUAAAAUAACUGAAAUUUAA